UCAGUCAAGCGUCGACCAUCGUCGGCAUCGGACGCUCGUGGAAUCUUUCCAAAUUUUUCUACCACACGUUUGCUCCGUAAACCAUUCUUUCGUUCGUUAUGAAUAUUUCGAAGAUCGACGAAAAGAUCGAUCGAUCGUGACCACGAGGUAUUCUAAUACGAAGACGAUUCGAUGGGGUUUGAUCGUGGCUCUCGUUGAUUGUGUUUUUCGCGAUCGCUACACUAACACUGAUCGGCAACGCGGUCCUUAACGAUAUCCUUACGCAUCAGAGUGCAUGUUAUAAAUUUAGAAUAAAAUGUUGACACGGGACUUGUUGACUCUUGCGACGAUGGUGUCCAGUCUAACUGUGGUCAUUGGUGCUUCCAUGGAUCUUGAUUCGGGGGACUACGAGGUGCUCGCCGAUAACGAGGGAAAAUCCGAUGACAACGACUCGCCAAACGUCCGAGAAGUGAGGUGUUAUUGCAAUCAACCGGAAUGUGUGCCUCAAGGAUACAUGUGCCGUGGCAGGGGCUGCUUUUAUCCAUCAUUAUUAAGAGCAGAACAUAGCGCCUACAGUGGCUGCCUCGAUGAGAGCUCCAAAGAACAGCAAUGUCCUACGGGAUACCUCUGUUGCGAACAAGAUCUCUGUAACCACGUGGAUAGCCCAGCCAUGAGAAACAGGCUCAACAAGACUCUUCAAGUACUGGUGAGUGACCAACGACCUUUUCUCAGUCCGGUGCAGCCGACCAAUCACGGAGGUCAGGCGACAGAUGGAUGGUUCAGGACUGCCACAAUCGCUGUACCGAUUUGCGGUCUAAUCGUUCUACUGAUACUGGCCAGUCUUGCCACUAAAUUGCUUCAGCCUGUGCCGACGCAAAGCGACAAACUCGGAUCACAUCAAAUGCCCGAUAAUGGACCACCGUUAUUAGGAUCACCGAAAGUGCCUCUCGUUUAAUAAUCUCGCAAUCCCAAAGACGUUCGAUAAAGUGUUCUAGCGGAUAGACAUUAGUAAGACUAACUAGAAAGCUAGCGGGCUUGUAUAGCUCCACUUGGCUGUGAAUUUUGUGAAAAAAGCGACUGCUAUAAAUUAUAACAUUGCGUGUUGUGCAUCGAUAGCUGCAAUUCCUUUGAACGACGAUCCUGUGAAUGAUCGUCGUACGAUUGAAGAGUGAGAAAAGGUCAAUAAAACAGGGCCUUUGUACAUGACGUUAAUUAAAA